AUGGAUCAAGAGAAAGUCAUCACGAGUGUUAUCGUGUUCGUAGUCCAAUCUCAGCCAUUUCUUCCAGGCAGUCUUCGAAUGCCCCAGAAUCCUCAUCACGUUCAAGACGAAAGGCAGAAACAAGGAAUUCAAAAUUACGUAGAGGAGGAGGAGGUGGUGGUGGUGGAAAGAAAUCCUAUCAAAGUAGUCAUCGCAGUAGUCGUCCUCCUCUAUCACCAACAUCAUGUUAAGGUAGUAGAACUUGGGGGUGAUUGGAAACGUAAUCAAGGGUUCAUUUGA